CCGCCCCUACCUGUUUAUUUUUGGAGUGAUAAGUUUCGUUUUCGUUUCAUCACAAACUGGAGAAGCAAAAGGAAACGGGAACUCUACCUAGACUAGUAAGACCUCCACUGCUAAGGGAACGACGAGAGGAAUAGUAGGCUAGACUUCAGAGAUGUCCGAAGCAACUAUUAUUCGAAAGCUUUGCCGUAAUAAUGGUUCCAUGCGCUACGAUGAUCUGGUCGCUGAUUUUAAUGUAGGAAAUUGGUGCAGCUUUGACACCAGUUGUCUGGAAAACUGUGAACUUUUUUCAGUUAUCCAGUCGAACGGAGAGAAACGGGUUAUCGCUAAAACUCAAGUUCGUUUGUGCAAGGCCAAAAAUUGUCUCGGAUGUACGAAUUUACAUCUGUGCAAGAAGUUCUUGCUCGGAGAGUGUCCGUUUGGCAGAGGAAGAAAGCCCUGUAGGUUUGGUCAUGACAUAAUGUCAGUCCACAAUGCCCACGUCCUUGAGAUGAAUAAACUUGAGCAGCUGGACAGAAAAGAGCUGUGCACUCUGUUGAUUCAAAAUGACAACUCCAUACUGCCACCGGUGUGCUUCUCCUACAACAACGGCACCGGUCAGUAUGGGAAGUGUGAGGAUGCCGAGGGCUGCCGACGCCUGCACAUCUGUGAGAGGUACCUGAGGGGGGAGUGCAGCUGCCCGCGCGCCCAUGACUUCUUCGAGCCACACCCCUUCCGCACGCUGCAGGACCGAGGGGUGCCCCUGGAGCUGAUGGCGUCCAUAAAGGACAUCUACGCCAACAUCGAGGCCAUGAGAGUGCGCACCAGAGGCAGGCCGCCACAACACCAUGCUGGCCCUGGUGCCAGGCCCAACGUCAGCAACCACACUGAAGAUUACCAUGCAACGGCAAGCAGGGCCCCGGAGGCCACACGAGACAAAACAGAGAUAUGUAUGUACUUUGUGAAGGGAAGCUGCAAACAUGGAGACAGAUGCUGGAGAGCUCAUUCUACCCUGCCGUACCGAUGGGAGGUCAGAGAUGGACAAAGCUGGACUGCUUUGGCUGAUAAUGAGAGCGUAGAAAGAGAUUACUGCAACCCUGGCAACAUAUACAGUAAGGGAGUGGAGCCUGUGUGCUUUGACACGAUGACGCGUGGCCUGCGUCAGGUCCGCCGGAUCUCCACUUUGUCAUCCGUGUUGCAGCCCUCCUUCAUUCUCACCACCGAGUGGGCCUGGUACUGGGAGGAUGAAUUCGGAAACUGGAUCCAGUACGCCACAGCAGAAGGAGGUCACAGCUCAGCUUCCAUCACGAGUGAAGACUUCGAGCAGAAGUAUCAAGAGGAUCCCAGUGCAGUGGUGGAGUUCACAGCCGGAUCUCAGAAAUAUAAGCUCUGUUUCCAAGAUAUGAUUCAGACCAACACGCACUAUGCUACCAAAAAGCUAGUCAGAAGGCGGCCUGUGUUUGUGUCUGCAGCUGAUGCACAGACUAUCAAAACCAGUAAAAAGGCUCCCAAUAAUCGGUCAAACUUCAAAGCACUGCCUGCACACUGGGACAAAGCACAGACUCCAGAGACUGGCUAUAAGAGAGUGAGUAUGCCGAGCAGCACUAAUGAAUACAAGCAGAUCGUGGCACUUUUCAACACAACCAUGAGGGGCUUCAACAUGGUGUCGAUUGAACGAAUCCAGAACAAAGCACUCUGGGAAGUCUUCCAAUGGCAAAAAGACUUCAUGAAGAAAAACAACAGAGGCCUUAAUGUGAUGGAGAAGCAGCUUUUCCACGGGACAGAUUCCAAGCAUGUUGACACCAUUUGCCACAACAACUUUGACUGGAGGAUCUGUGGGACUCACGGGACUGCAUAUGGGAAAGGGAGCUACUUUGCCAGGGAUGCUAAGUACUCACAUAGCUACACAACUGACUCUCGCACCAGGUGCAUGUUUAUCUGUCGUGUCCUUGUGGGCGACUUCACCAAAGGGGACUCCAGUUACCUCCGACCUCCAUCCAAAAAUGGAGGGGACACAGUCUUCUUCGACAGCUGUGUGGACGACGUGUACAACCCCUCCAUCUUCGUGGUGUUUGAGAAGCACCAGGUAUACCCCGAGUAUCUCAUCCAGUACAGCGAACAUUACCAAGCAUCAUCCAGUGCCACGCCAUUUUACACCCAGACACCUAGACCAGCACCCACAACAAGGCCAGCCCCGACAUAUCACACAUCACAGCAACCCCGGUCAUAUUCUUAUCGUACCAGUACUUCACAUUCUGCUGCCUCAUCAUCAUCAGCAUCAGGAGCUUAUUCUACAAAUCCUAGUUCUUCUCAGUCUGACACUGGCCGGUGUGUUAUUAGUUGAGAAGAAUAAACUCCUAGAAGUAAAUAAGGGCUACCUUAAUGCUUGAAAGACCUCAGGAAGUUAAAGCCUAACACGUCUUUUCUGAAAAGAAUUCAAAGAUCUUCUUGUGGUUAUUAUCAGGGUGCAUUCUGCUCUUUUCUUUCUUAUGAUAUAUGAACUAUUGUAUACACUUGCACUUUGCUUCUAUUUGAAAACUUAAAAACUAAUGUGAUCAAACAUUUUUUAAUGAUUGACCGACUCUGUCGAACUUUAUUGAAUAAGUGUCAACAUUUAAAUUAAAUAUUAAGUGCUUGCCAGGGCUGUUUACACCUGUGUAAUGAACAUAUCAGAGUUAUGUUGGCAAAACCAAAAAUGUCCCAUUAACAAUAUAAAACUGUUUUAUGUAAUGAUAUAUAUGGGAUAUAUUAUUUUAGGGAUGUUGGUAAUUAGCUCUGUUAUGAUGAAAUGACAUGGCUUUUUAUGUAAAGACGGCAAGCAAAUGUAUGAACUCUCAGAGCUUUAUUGUUUGUUUUUUCUUCAUAUAUAUCAGUAUGCACUUCUGAUAUGCACUACAUGUUUAAUUUUAAAAAUAAAUAAAUAUUUGGCCCGGUUGUCAGCUCUUUUUAGUAAACUAUGAAACAUUACUUUUGUAAUGAUCUAUGGUUUGUUAUUAAAUUGUUUUUGUAUAACCAA